ACACGGAGGCACCGUCAGAGUUUACAUUAGUCCAUGCCACAACAACUUCCAUAAGUCUUAGUUGGGAACUGCCUGGUCACCUGCCAGAUCAUUACGUCAUCAUCUAUGCGCAUGCGUUCACCGACAUGAGGGAUGCAGUAACCAUGGAAACAGAACGAGAUGUCAACAGCAUCGUUCUGAGUGGACUGUCUCCAGGCACGGAGUACACCGUUCGCAUAUCGGCUGUCACUGAGCUUGGAGAGAGCGAAGUGAUUUAUCUGAAUGCCAUAACAAUAACCGAUGCACCAUCGGAUUUCAUGAUCACACGAUCUGCUGCCGAUCCGACCACUGCCGAGCUGUCAUGGACCGCACCUGUAGCAGUCGUUAUGGGCUAUACAGUAACCUUCAAGAGGAUCUCUCAAGAGGAAACCCACUCUAUAUUAGUUGACCGCAUGGCAACUGACGUGACCCUGUACGAGCUUCUCCCACUACAGUACAAUGUGACCGUCCGUGCACAGGGUGUUUACGCAGACAGCGAGGAGGUGGAAGUGAUCCUUGACGAAUACAUCGCCCCAACCAUGAGUUUAACCACAGAAACGGCAGGUGAACAAGAGAAUGACUCUACCUUCGACAUAGGCGAUAGUGAGGAACUUGAUUCAGAAUUGGAUGAUGAUGAUGACGGGACAGAACCGUCAGAUCCCACCGCUGGCACCAAUGGACCUUUGGGAGACUUAAGUGAUCAGACAACAACAUCAGCAACAACAGUGAGGAAUGCAACGGAGGAUGCAGAUACACGACAUCUUAAUGGCACAGAAAUGCCUAAGUCUGUAGAAGAGGACUUGAUUCCUCCACAACUGCAAUCUAUCAUUGAUGCUCUGCAAGGAACGACUAACAACAACACAAGUGCACAGGAAUUAACACACAUGGACGAUAAGAAGUUCCAAGAAAUCAUAAAUGGUUUCAUAAAAGCCCUGCUGGAACCGAUGGGCAUAGAUGGGCUGAGCGCUACACUGACCACAUUUGUUAAUCUUCACAAAAGAUUCCCACACUUCUUUAAGGAGUUUGAGGAUGACGUCAUCUACGUAGGGAACAGACUGCUUCAAGGAUUUGAAAGUCUCGAGGCACUGGAUACAGACAGUGGAAGACUUGGCACUCUUCUGAGAGGGCUCUUCAGUAUUCUUGGUCCUUUCAUUACAAUCGGAGAUUCUGGGACGGGUGGCGAUUAUAGUCAUACUGAGGGGCACGGCAUUGCUCUUGACCUUGAGGGAAACAGCGGUGACCUUGUGGAGCCAGAGGAAGAUCCUUGGCUUGACGACUCAGAGAGGGGGGCGUUCGUGGAGGCAAGGGAGAAAAAGAAACAAGAGCAAAUAUCCCGGGUUUUUGCGGUCUUGACAACGAUUGACAGAGCGUCGAACCUUGCUCUGAGGGCAGUUAGGGCGGACGGCCCUCCCAUUGAGCUCCGCGCGUCUGGGUUCGAGGCUAAAGUGAUGGCAUUGAGCAGGUCGUCUGCUAGACAAGGCGGACGGACACUCGAUAUCGGUGGAGGCAGUUUUUCCCUGCCCUCUCUUAGUGAAGAAGACAUAAAAGGUGUAGACAAGCAAGUCAACGUACAGGUGACAUCUUUUCAGGAGAACAUCUUUACUUGGGACACCUCCAUUCACCAUGCAUCGUCACGCCUGUUAGAACUCACCUUGUUAGACGACGAACUAAAAACUAUGCAUUAUCAAAGCAAAGAAAACUACGUCACGAUCACGCUAUCCAGGCUAACCAAUCACAUCUCAGCUCCUCAUCGUGACGUCAUCAUUGCAACAAAGAGGCAAAAUAAAGAUACGCAUGCGUUUAAUCUGACGUCACCAGGCUUUGGGUUCCUACUAAGCUUCGAUUUCAAACCAAGUAACGUUAUUUGCCGUAUAGACCUUGCUUAUGGUGACGAGCCAGUGGUCCCUAAAGAGGAGCAAAUCCAAGAUGUGAUUGAAGAGCUUGCUUUUACACUGCGUCCCUCCACCAAUGACAGUAAAGUACUGUUGGUGAACGGGACACAAAUCGUUAAGGGGAAUCAAACAGUGCUGGUUCCAGAGCUUUCAGAGACCGGGAGUUAUCAUUUCGCUCUCAGAUUCUAUGGUAAGUAACAUGCAUCAAGCUUUCCAAUGACCAGGCCUUUAGAAGCUUGAUCAUCUCUAAGUCAUCAUCAGGAGAAUUGGGAAAUUCUAAUCCUGUGGAUUUAUCGUUGAAGAGAUUUACUAGUCACGUAAUGUAAA